GACAUUGCAACGAUGUCCAGUGCAUCGCGUGAUAUAAAUGAUUUGUUCGACGAAAUAGUGCUUACCGAGGAGAAACACGCUCGUCUGGGCUAUUCUGAGGGCAUCAGUGACGGCCGUGCUCAGGGCAACCAGGAGGGCUACCAACUUGGCUACGCUCAAGGUGUGCAACUUGGCGAAGAAUUGGGAGCCAUUUACGGCCAAGUGGUGGCACAACAGCAGCUACCACACACGAAAAAAUUGCUGCGCACUUUGCAGCAGCUGCGCGAGCUCAUCGAACAGUUUCCGCGGAACAAUAACCCAGAGGCUGAUAUCAUUGGCGCUGUGGAGCAAAUACGCACAACGCAUCGGCGACUGUGCGCUUUGCUGGGCACCAAAAAGGUUGCUCUGCAGAAUCCCAUCACGCACGAGCACAAGGAUUUCAGUUUCUAGAGGCAACAACAU